AUGUUCCGCAUUGACAGUAGGCCACGAAGGUCUUGGUUGGGAUCUUUUCUACAAAUUGGCGAAAUCCUAUUCUCUAGACUAAGUAAACAAGACUACCAAAUACCUUCUCCUUGUAUUACACAUGUACGGGUUUAUUUAAAGGGCUGUGACUACGGCGCGUUACGAUGCUUCUGCACUAGGGGUUUUUUUUGGCUAUCUAUCCUACCAUUGGCGCUGGUGUUUAGCAUAGAUAUCGUUGGGGUCGAAGGUUUGAAUGAGCUGGUGAUUGCUAAGGAUACAACCAAUCGGCUUAUCAUGGACGAAACAAAGACGAGCGUCAUCAAGGCAAUUGCAAAAACAUAUACCGACAACGAAGGGGGACUCUUCUUUAGACAACUCCUUUUGUUUCAUGGGUCACUAGGAACUGGGAAAACAGGUAGGUUUGCGGAAUUCGCUGGACCACCUCGCCUUCACCUCGCCACGGCGGAUCUAUGCCAUAAGCCUAAAGAUUUAGAGAACGGCAUAAUGGAUUUUUGUCAAGCCGAUGUCUAUCUUGAAGCCUGCUCUAUUAAAAACCUCAAACGGAAUAUUUACCUUAGUACCCUCAACUACUUCCGAGCUUCCUUGUCCCGGAUACAUGUGUCCAUCGUUUACGAGCGUCUUCAUGAUAGUACUCCGGCGCAGAUGUGGGAUAAAUCAUUCGUCAAGUUGAAGAACGAUGCGAGGCAAUAUGUCAAAAAGAAUGAAGAUGUCAGAAACCUGCAGUGGAAUGGACGAGAGACAUGUAACGAGACUCAAAGUUCAGCUUUCCGGACGGCAAUUGCCCUCGCACUAAACGACAGCAAAGAGGCAAACGAGAAGAAAUCAAAGCAAAGCACCUUUGCACAGGUGGUGAAACUGUCUUCUGGAUUUAAGAAGUAUAUGAAAAACCAAGAUGAUGAUGCCGACACACCGAAACGGCAACGAGGUGGAGGCGGAAUGAGUGAAGCCUGGCACAACUUGGCUUGUAUAGCUUGUCGCAUUGCGCUCUUGGCACCACAAGCCUGGACUGACCAUUAUGAAAUAGCUCCAUCUAUCGUUUAUGGUGUUCCGCGGCCACGUCCCGUGGUUGGGUACAUCGUGGCUUCUUUGAUGAUCCAAUACUUUAUUGAAAGAUUGCAAGGGUCUAUUAGCGGAUACUCAGAAAUAGGAGCGGGCGGACAGUCCCACCCAUGCUAUCCUUGUCGCAAAUGCCUCCACCAACCCUUCCGGUUGGUAGAACCAGCGGGAGGGGAGACGGCACGUGAUCUUGGGCAGCCUCGCCUGCCCUGUCCAGGUGGAGGUGUAAUUCACCACCCGCCGACUGUGAUGCUUGCGUCAAUGAUAGCACCUCUCCGCAGUAAGACUCUACCAUCGAGUAUGCGACAAAGGUCGCAGCCUGCAGGAUUUCGCGCAGCAGAGCGGCACAGUGACGUAACGCCAGAUGUCCGAAACUCGACCAUAUACCUGUCGCGAAGUUGCGGUCAGCAAAUGUCGGGACUCUCACCACCAGCGCCAAUUGAGCAAUCACAGACUCCUAUUAUUCCGGACUCAUAG